AUGGCUGGGGUUUUUGCUGGGAAAUCCAUACCGAUUCACUGCACGGUGUGUUCAGUGGAGAUUGAUAGUAACGGGAACCGAGUGGAAGACCGGGGUUUGUCAGAUGCGUACGCUAUUGUGCCGGUGGAAACGCCGUUUGUGGACCUGGUACCCACUGCUUUGGCAAAACUGGGCUUCUCUGGAGCCGAAUGCGUGUAUGCCACUGGAGCCUUGGUGAUAAAGAAUUGGAAGCCUUUGGCACUGCAAGAAGUGUGCAUUAGCCAGAGUGCGACUGUGGGGGAAAUGUUGGCGGAAUUGACGACCAUGAUCACGUUGAGCAUCCGUGUGUACAGGAGAUCGAGUGCGUGUUGGAUAGAGAGCAUCCGAGAAAAGUUGGCGAGCUUUGCUCUGGGCCUGGUUUGGUCCCAGGGCGACGGAGCUGCUGGUGGCUGUCCUGUUGAUCAGCAGCAACCGAGUGGGCAGCCUUCUGGUGCUACCUUCCGGGUUGGACCAGGAAGAUAA